UUCACAGUGAAACUUUCAUUCACUUCAAAAAAGUAAACAAAAAAAAAUAGUCAGGAUUACAAAAGUUUUAUUUCCAGAUAAUGGUACAAAAUUUAUUUGAAUUAUAAUGCUGUUGCCCUUAAAGAACCCAAAUAUCGUUGAAAGCGAGGUCAACCCGAAUGUGACGCUACUGAAGCGCCAGAUCGCCGAGGAUGGAACUAAAACACAGGCCCUGUUACUUCAAGCGUUCCGCUUCGAGUUGUCUAGUGACGCCAAUGCAUCUCCACUCCUCCAGGAUCAGUUCCAGCGACAGCCAGCCGACAGGAGGCGUUAAGCCCGCUUUGGCAUCACUAGAUCCACCUAAUACACCCAAUAGCAUCGAGAAAACAAAGAAAUCCAGAGGAUUCCUCUCUUUCUUGUUUGGCAAACGAGACAGGAAGGCGAGGAAUCAGAGUGAGACAAAUGGAAACCAUAUCUCAUUGGAGGACCAUGAUGUCAGGAAGCUUAUACGUCUCUACAGCAAGCAUAAUAGCCUUUACAACCGAAAUAAUCGCUACUAUGGUAACAAAGAUAUCGACGAAGACUGCUACAACAGAAUGGUGCGUUCGUUUCCGGGAAGAAGCGUCUCGGAACUGAGAUCCUGUCUGGAGCAGCUAAGGAUGCUCUUCGAGCGGGAAUACACCAUUAUCGAACGUGCCCGAAGGAAGUGUGGAGAGAUAAUGACUCCUUCAAUCCGCUACUACAAUGAAUUUCUUUUCCUGGUGCCACAUCUUAAUAUUUACUUCGACAAGGAUCUUCCUGGCAGUCCACUCGCCGCCGGAAAACUUUUGAAAAAUCAGAUUGCCAACCCAGAGAUGUUGUGCCAAAAGUUGACCAAUUUCACGGAUUUACCUCUGGCCGGUUUCCCUGGAAAUCUACUAACCAAGAGGCCGAAAAAAGAUCCUAAGGACCCGCCAAACAAGAAGAUCAAACCAAUUCCUGAUCAAGAAAAUCCGAAGAAAGAAAAUCCCAUGGAGCAGGAAAUUCAGGAGGCAGAAAAAGUCGCUGAUCCGGAAGUUCCGGUAAAGGAGAAAGUCAGCGGGUUGGAGGAUCCGGAACAGAAAGUCGCACUCUCACCAUCGGGACAAAAGAACAUACAAAACAGUAAAGAUAAAGCCAGUCAGCAUCAUUCCAACUCCAAGAUAUCCAGCCAAUCUUCGUACUACGCCAAUGAGAAGGAUUUAGGAUCCACCGAAUUUACCUGUCCCUGCAAGCCGGAAGUUGAAUCCUCUCAAAGCCCAGUUACCUGCCCCUGGAUACCCGAAAAUUCGAAUUGUGAACCCCAGUGUCGGGAAACACUACCACAGUCUAGUCCAAAUUCCGUAUCCUGCCCGCAAAAUUCAGAUAUUUCUCACAUGGUGGAGCAGGAACCUUCCGGUCAGGAGUCCGCGAAUGGCCAGCAAGUGCAGAUGCUUUGCGAUAUGAUACGUACCGAGCUAACCACUGCUCCCGAUUUCAUAUUCUUCGAUGCCAAGUGGCGGAUCAUCGAGAUUCUGAGGGAGGUGCACAAGCGCCAAUUGGUUCACCACAAGGCCAUUCCACUCAACAAUUCACGCCGACCGAUUCCGCCCCAAAAACGAAAACCGGGCGAGUCCAUUCCGAUGCCCAAGAAUCCAAAAUGCAAAUCGGAUAGGAGUGCCCACGAACAGGGACAACCGAGGAUCACCAUGGAUGUGGACGAACUGAUCAGCAGCUCCAAGCUACUCAAGCAUUGGCCAAGUUUUUUCAUCAGUCUGGCGCUGAUGUGGAUCUUAAAAAAAUUGUUUUUUAAAGGGAAUCGCGGUUCAAAAACCUAUAAUUUAGAUGAACAAGUCGAGGAGGAAGUUGAAGACUUGACAGAUCUUGACGAUGAACUGCAGCCAUCCCUGGAGGAUAAGCCCCAUGUGCCCUUCGUUCCCGGCCAGAAUCUCAACCCAAAUGGAGCCAAACGCUUUUCCGAACUCAUGCGUGGACGCCGUAGCAUUCGCUCCUUUAGUAGCCAUCCCAAACCGGAUCUCAGCGUGAUAGAGGACUGCAUUCGGGCGGCGGGAACAGCUCCCAGUGGCGCACACACAGAACCCUGGACGUACUGCGUCGUACAGGAGCCGGAACUCAAGCGUUCCAUUCGGCAAAUUGUGGAGCAGGAGGAGCUGGUCAACUACAGCCAGAGGAUGCAUCCGCAGUGGGUUACCGAUCUGCGACCCCUGCAAACCAAUCAUGUCAAGGAGUAUCUCACCGAGGCGCCGUACCUCAUACUGGUCUUCAAGCAGACCUAUGGAUUGUCGGAGAAUGGGAAGCGAAGGAGGAGGCACUACUACAACGAGAUAUCCACUUCGAUUGCGACCGGUAUCCUUUUGUGUGCCCUUCAAGCGGCAGGACUCUCAUCGCUGGUCACCACUCCUUUGAACUGCGGUCCAGCCUUGAGAACCCUGCUCGGGCGACCCGUCAAUGAAAAAUUGCUCAUCCUACUGCCCGUUGGUUAUCCGAAAGAUGGAUGCACAGUUCCCGACUUGGCGAGGAAGAAUUUGUCAAAUAUUAUGGUUACUUUUUAAGGUUUAUUUACGUCCGUGCAGCUUACUGAAAAGUUCAAUAAAAACAAACAGAAAUUCAUAGUGUUAUAAAAAUA